CCACGCCCUCCCCAUUGGAUGUUUUGUUUGAAGAGCAGAGAGGCAGAGAAACGAAGUCGAAAAACAGAUUUAAACCAAACGUAAUUACCGAAAGAAGAAAGAAGCACGGAUGCCAAAACAAGUUAUGAAGCUAUUUUUUGUCGAACACGAGUGAGGCUGGAUGCUGAACACACCUGCGAAGGUGACACCACAUUUUCCAGGAUUGCAGAGAUGGGUCACUGAGAGUCUUUGAACACUGAAGAAGUUCUUUGAGACUAAGAUUGAGGCAUCCGGGUUUACUGCUUCAGCCGCUGCAGCCUGGACACAAACACCAAACAGGUGUCUCCACUUGGUCUUUGUACAGUGAACAAGUUCUUUGAGACCAGGACACAGGCCUCCAGGAUUCAAACUGGAACCAUGGACCCAUCACAGAGAGAAGAGACAGACGUGAAGACAGUGUUACUUUAUUCUUUUCACUCUGACUUGGUCUUCAGCUGCUGUCGUCUUCUCCUCCUGCACAGACAACAACACGCAUUGAUCACACAAACUCAUCUAAGCGAUUAGGCGGAGCAGAAUCAGUCGACCAAUCAGCGUUUCGUAUGCUGACGUUGGUCGACGUUGGCUGGCGUGUGACGUCAUCGUUCUGGACCUCGAGGAGGAGAGCAGGUCGGUGGAGGAACAAUGGCGAACAGUCGAGUGAAAAUGGAGAUUAAAAUCAACGUUUUACGCCAUCGUUUUUACCUGGGGUUGUUGUCGCUGUGAGAAACUUUGUUGCCGAAGAAGCGCGGAUGUUACAACGAGCCAGUUACAACACACGCCGAGCUCACCUGCAGCAGGAGGAGGUGAGGACAAUAAACAACCAUCACCAAUAAACAAGAGGCCAGAAGAUCCAGGACAGGUAAAGACAGAAACAAAUGAACAGUGGACACGCGUGCAGGCAUUUUUGACGAUACGUUUUACGAGGUUGUUGAGGAUCUUAAUUCCGAUUCUUCUGCGUCGUAUCCAGGGGGACGAGACGGGACUCGGCUCCUGCCGCCGUCACGGAGAGGAGGUCUCGUAACAGCAACGCCCCGUACAAGAAGGGCCAGCGUCGUCUCCAACCGCUGAGAAGACCGAGGUUCUUCGUAGCGAAUAAGCCGGUCAGGCGGGCCGGCUCCGUCCCGGACUGCUCUUUGGACUCCAUCGAGGAGGCGUCUCCACGAUCGCGGAGAGUCUUUAUACAAUGCAGAAGGUCUGUGAGACCAGGACAGAGGCCUCCAGGUGUCUCCAUACAUGCAGAAGUUCUUUGAGACCAGGACAGAGGCCUCCAGCUGCUGUUGGAAGUUUGGUUAUUGUUUAACCACGUACAUGGAGCUGCAGCGGUCUGGAGUGGACUUCACCUCCCUGCUGAAGAAAGAGGAGGAAGAGGAGCAACAGCUGCCUCCUUCAGACGUCCCCACCAGGAGCAGAACUCUGUCCCAGAAUUCAGUGCUCUCUCAGUCCUCCUCUGUGCAGUCGGUCAAAGAUGGAGACCAAUUACCGGCAGAGCCGGUGCAGACGGUGGUAGAGGAGAGUCGAGCUGAGGGAACCAUCGGAGUGAGUCUGUACGUCAAAUUUCUAAGAGCUGGAGCAAGCAUCUUUACUCUGCUUGUUGUCUUACUGGUCAACCUCCUGGCUCAGGUAGCAUACAUCAUGCAGGACUGGUGGCUAGCUUACUGGGCUGAUGAGCAAGAGAAGCUCGGUGAUUAUAACAGCACUAUCAUCCACAACGGACAGAACAUCACCAAAGAGCUGGACACAGCUUUCUACCUGGGCGUUUAUGGGGGUUUGACAGCAGCCGUCAUCGUUUUUGGCUUCAUGAGGAAUCUGCUCCUGUUCAAUGUGCUGGUGAGGUGCGCACAGGCUCUGCACAACUGCAUGUUCAACUCCAUCCUCAGAACACCUGUGCGCUUCUUUGACAUCAACCCCAUCGGAAGAGUUCUCAACAGGUUCUCUAAGGACAUCGGUCAGCUGGAUUCUAACUUACCGUGGACCUUUGUGGACUUCAUCCAGGUGAGGACAGAUGUCAGAGCACUGACGCAGCAGCUCAUUCAAUUCACACAAUCAAUCACACACCCAUCCUGAGGAAGAACCGCAUCCUCAUCAUCGACGAGGCCACGGCCAACGUGGACCCCAGAAAACCAUACGAGACAAGUUCAGAGAAUGUACCGUCCUCACCAUCGCUCAUCGUCUCAACACCAUCAUAGACAGUGACCGCAUACUGGUUUUAGAUGCAGGGAAAAUCCACGCAUAUGAUGAGCCUUACACCCUCCUUCAAGAUCCAGAAUGUGUCUUUUAUAAAAUGGUGCAGCAGACGGGCAAGCAAGAGGCAGCAGCCACCCUGCCUCUGGUGAAGCACAGAGGGCCUCAUCCACUCCAGCUGGCGAGGAGACUGAGGAGGACAGAAGAUUUGCAGAGGCUCCACCCUCACUGUGGCCUUGAAUGGCUGAGCAAAUCUAACAAAUGACAGCAGCAGAAGUUUGAUGUUAGAGAAGAGGCAGACGAUGAAGAUGUUUCCAGAAGACGCCUGGGCUCCCACUGUGAGUACACCAACAUCAGGAAGGGAAGGCUUCUGAUCUGAGUGAGCUGCAGUGACCUCCUUCAGACUGUGGCGAGAAGAAAUGAAGUUCUGCCCCCCCCAAUCAGCUGUCCACGCACCGGAGGGUCCUGUUCACUCUUCACCGCAAACUAAACGCCGGGUGGGACGGACCCCACCCGACCCCCCCGUUGCUCCAUCGCACCGUGAGGUCCCCUUCGCCACUGGACGGCUCUUCACCCCAGUCUGCUGGCAGCUGUGGGACGCGAACCAGCUCCCGGAGGAGCUGCUUCUGACGUUGCAGCGCAACGCUUAUCCCACUACACUACCAGAGGCCGGGGCACUCGGGGAAGCUCACACACAGCCUUUCAAUCAGCUAGUGGGCAAAGAUUCAAACUGGAACCAUGGACCCAUCACAGAGAGAAGAGACAGACGUGAAGAAGUUGUCAGGUCUUCAGCUGCAUUGAUCACACAAAGUCAUCUUGUGUCUCAAAGAUCUUCUUCAUUGUACAAAGACUCUGGACAAAGUGGAGACACCUGGAGGAAACAUACAGAGGAAAAUGAUCAAUACACUACUCAUCAACAGUUCAACAUUACAGCUGAAACUGAACAUUUAACUAAAUAUUUUUAUGCCUGACUAUGAAGUGACUUAUUUCUAUUUUGGUUUACUAUUACUUCUACCAUUACAUACUACUUCUUAAAAACUACAUCUAGUAACAGAUUACUUUGACUUGUAUCUCACUUCUUAUUACAAACAGUGCAAUAUCAGUACUCAAAUCCAAUCUAUCACUGUGUACACAGUCUUGUAUAUAUAAUGCCCUUUUCUAUUGUUGUUGUUGUGACUGAUUAUGUUACUCAAAUAAAUACUUCUAAAGAAUAUUUUGUUACUGUGACAUUUUACAACAGUUUUGUGAUGCUUUACAGACAUUUUCAAUUAUAUUUUGGAUCACUGUUACUUCUGCAUUGCUUUUAUAUUACUUUUACCAUUACCUCUAAUAUUAGAUUGCUCUACCAUUCUACUGUUUUUCUUAUUACAUUUUACUUCUAAAUCUAAAUCUACUGAUUACUUUAACUAACUAAUGCUAAUCAGCUGAAACUGAACAUUUAACUAAAUAUUUUAUGCCUGCCUUACUUCUACUGUUACUUCUAAAAUUAGAUUACUUUUACCAUUACAUACUACUUUUACAUUUAACUGUUUCAAACUACAUCUAGUAACAGAUUACUUUGACUUGUAUCUCACUUCUUAUUACAAACAGUGCAAUAUCAGUACUCAAAUCCAACUAUCACUCUGUACACAGUCCUGUUUAUACUGUUCAUAUUGUUACAGCUUGUCUUGUGUGUAUAUAUAAUGCAUUUUUGUUGUUGUGACUGAUAAAAGGAUUGUUACUCAAAUAAAUACUUCUAAAGAAUA